AUGGAUAGGAGAAACUUUCAUAGUUUGUGUGAUAUGUUGAAAACUAUUGGGAUGCUUCAACCGACGAGGCACAUGGGGGUAGAAGAGCAGGUUGCAAUCUUCCUUUAUAUUUUGGCUCAUGAUGUGAAGAAUCGAGUUAUUAAAAGACAGUUUAUGAGGUCAGGUGAGACAAUAAGUAGACAAUUCAACAAGGUGUUGCUGUCUGUUUUAAGGUGUCACACCGUACUGCUUAAACGGCCUGAUCCCAUCCUACAAAACUCAACUGAUGAUAGAUGGAAGUGGUUCAAGAAUUGCCUUGGAGCUUUGGACGGGACGCACAUCAAGGUUAAUCCAUUACAAGCUGAUAAGGCAAGAUACCGCAGUAGGAAGGGUGAAAUUGCGACAAACGUUUUGGGUGUCUUCUCGCAGGAUUGCCAAUUUAUUUACGUGUUGCAUGGAUGGGAGGGAUCAGCUGCGGAUUCAAAGGUGCUCAGAGACGCUAUCUCUCGUGGAAAUGGGUUAAGGGUCCAGAAAGGUUUCUAUUAUUUGGCCGAUGCCGGUUAUAUGAAUGGGGAAGGAUUCCUAACACCUUAUAGAGGGCAAAGAUACCAUCUGAGUGAGUGGAGACAUGGGGCACAACCAACGACACCGCAAGAAUUUUUUAACAUGAAACACUCCCAGGCUAGGAAUGUGAUUGAAAGAUGCUUUAGGUUGUUGAAGGGUCGUUGGGCCAUUGUCAGGUCAAAGUCUUUUUAUCCGGUGAAAACGCAGUGCCGCAUAAUCACUGCUUGCUACCUGCUUCAUAAUCAUAUUAGGAAUGAGAUGCCUAUUGACCCUUUAGAGGAUAAUACUGUGGACAUGGCUGAAGCUGCAGACAACUUCGAAGGACAGAACUUGAUAACUCAUGUUGAGUCAUCAAAUGCUUGGACAAGGUGGAGGGAUGAUUUGGCCCAACAGAUGUUUGAUACAUGGAGGAAUGGUAUGGCUGACAAGGAUUCCCAAUCGAGCAAGCAGAUUAAUCACACGUGGACAUCAGAAGAGGACAUGGUGCUUGUUGAUUGUCUUGUUGAGUCCGGUUUAGCAUGGAAGGGUGAGAAUGGUUUCAGGCCCGGAUUUCCCAAUCACUUAGAGAAGCUGAUGCAUGCUAAAAUUCCUGGAUGUACAUUUAAGGGCACUCCACACAUUACGUCUAGAAUCAAGCACCUAAAGAAGCACUACAAUGCCAUUGCUGAGAUGAUGGGUCCGAAUGGGGGAAGUGGUUUCGGGUGGAAUGAUAGGGACAAAAUGAUUGGCGUGGAGAAGCAAAUUUACAUGGACUGGAUUAAGGGUCUCUACAAAAAACCAUUUCCAUACUAUGACGCAUUGGGACCGAUUUUUGGAAAGGACAUGGCAAAUGGAGAGUAUGCCGAGGGUCCAGAGGAUGCAGUCCACAAUAUGGACAAUGAGGCAAUUGGUAUGGCUGAAAGUGGGACUGUCGUGGAAGAAAUUUAUGAUCUAUUUGAAGACAACACAAUCUCACCGAAUUGGGAACCUCCACUCCCUGACACUGCAACUGAAGAAGCCACACAAACUUCUCCUGUGUCAAUUUCUGUUGCAAAAAAGGGUAAGAAGAGAGGAAGGAAUGAGGAAGCUUUGGCUAGUGAGGUAUCUGUUGCAAUUAAAGAUCUUUGUAAUGAUUAUAAAACCACAAAUGACAAAAUUGACAGGUUGAUUACAUGCUUUGAACACCAAGGUGAGGGUUCAAGCAAAAAAACUUCUGUUGUCCAAGAAUUGAAGAAAUUUGAAAUAUUGACAGUUGAACAGAGGGUUAACCUUGCCAUGAUUAUGCAUAAGGAUCCCACUAUAUUGGAAAUUUUUUUGGAAGGUGGUGAAGAAGAAAAACAGUUUGUGGUGGCAUCCUUAUUGAGUAAAAG